UAAAAGAAGCUGCUUCAUUACCCGUCCAACAGCAAGAUGGUAGCCGAGAGGAGAAGAUAGGGUGCAAAGGUGGGUGACCCAAGAAAAAAGAACAAAAAAAGGACUGGCGGGUUUUGAUGUAGAAACAAAGAAAAAAAAGAAAAGAUGAUGUUUUUGGAAUUAGAUCACUUUGCAACAGGUCUUUUGCAUCUACGCCACUCUUCUCCUCUUAUACCCUUAUUAGCACCUCCCAUCAUCAUCAUAAUCGAUUUAUUCCAGACCCACCACCACCUCCUUAUUUCUUUGGCAUCGAAUCACGCUCCUCCACCUGGCUAAUUAAUUUUACUCACCCGUAUCACUUUGUCCAUACCUUUUUACGGCACCAUUUCAGUCUUGAUUAUUGGUUUUAGAGGCUGAUUUAGGGUUUUGAGACUUUCUGGUUGCAACCCCAGAAGAGGGAUCUGCUUUAAGUCCAUUUAGCACUAUGGAGGGUUUUGGAUUUAGUGAUGCAAGCAGUGCCGUGAGGAAGAGGAGGAGUAACACAUCACGUCGGCCUCGGAAUGACUCACAGCUGCCUUCUGAUUACCAUGAAAUUUCAUCCUUAUCAUCUACACCUCCUUCAGACAGUAAUAUAAUGAAGCCUGAAGAUGGAGGAUUCGUAGAAUCUGAUGAAGCUUCCAACAAUGGUUCUUUUCGAGGCAGUAACGAGCAGAGGAAUAGUGGAGUUGAUUCUAGAAGAUGCAGUGAAGGUGUCCUUGCCCCAGCUAAUUGGAAAAAUACAAGCAGCUUGGGACAGUUUAGAGUUAUUUCAGAUGGAUUAGGAACUGAGAAUAAAGUGAAAAAGGUCAAGCUUAAGGUUAAUGGCAUUACACGUACUAUUAAUGCCAAGUCCACAUCUGAUGGUGCAUCUGCUGUCGGCUCUUCUUCUACAAGGUCUUCUCGGUUCCCAGAUUCUCAACAGAAAUCAAAUGAGGACAAUUUGGAUGAUAAUCCUUCAUUUUCUUCUGAUAAGGGAAGUGGUUUGCGAGGAGUCCCAUGGAAGGAUUUCUCUAGAAGUGGUUUAAAUGUUAGGACAGCAGACAGUUUGAGAGAUAGGAUGCCGGAUGAAAAUCUCCCUUCAAAACAAACAGACAAGUAUGAGCCAGUUCGUAAGAGCAAACGGGUCCCAAAGAAACGCUUGUUAGAUGGAGUCCUUGAUGAUGAAGAUGAGGAUGAUGAUGAGAUUCAAUACCUAGAGAAAGUCAAAACAUCAAAGAUUACUGCUGAUUAUGGUGCAGAAUAUGAGGACGAAGAGGAUGGAAAAAGUAGGAAGCAGAGGAAAAUAUCUAAGGUACUGAAAAGAGAUAUUGAUGGUCUAUAUGAUGCAUAUGGCGGAGAUCAUGGCUCAUCAAAAUUUGGCAAGGACGGUAAGAAGUCUAAAUCAGGGAGAGUAUUUGAAGAUACUGACUAUGUGGAAGAAGAAGAACUAGGGUCAGAUGGCGAGCCUACAGCUAAGAGGAAGAAACCGAGAAAAGAAUCAGUUUAUUUAAUGGGAGAAUCUAAAAAGGAAAUGACAGUUACCACACGUCAACGUGCACUUCAAACCGGCAAAGAUGUUCCUUCCAGUCUUGGUGCCAGUUUAAUUGAGUUCCCAAAUGGUUUGCCUCCAGCUCCUCCUAAAAAGAAAAAAGAGGAACUCACUGAAAUGGAGCAACAACUGAAGAGAGCCGAGGCUCUUCAGAGACGUAGAAUGCAAGUGGAGAAGGCAAAUAGAGAAUCAGAGGCUGAGGCAAUCAGAAAAAUACUGGGCCAAGAUUCCAGCAGGAAGAAGCGAGAAGAUAAAAUGAAGAAACGGCAAGAAGAAUUAGCACAGGAGAAGGCUGCAAAUGCUAUGAUACUUACAGCAGACCAUGUUAGAUGGGUCAUGGGCCCUUCAGGAACAGUUGUAACAUUUCCCAAUGAAAUGGGCUUGCCUAGUAUAUUUGACCCAAAGCCUUGCAGCUACCCUCCGCCACGCGAGAAGUGCGCAGGUCCAUCCUGUAGUAACCCAUACAAGUACCGGGAUUCAAAGUCGAAGCUCCCACUGUGUAGUCUCCAAUGCUACAAAGCAAUACAAGAAAAGAUGCGGACAGUUCCUGCAUGUUGAGACAGAGUUCAGUUGCUUCUGCAACCUGAAUAUACGAUGGCAAUCUUAUGUUACCACUACAUUGUCUAUGUAUUCCACGAUAACAGUAUAUGCCUAGAUAGUUCAUACAAUGAUGCACUAUGCAAAAUCUCAAGUUCUAGACUGUGGCAUCUGAAAUAUGGAAAAGUGUUGCUCUAUUAAUUUUGGAAGAUAGUGUUAGGAAUUCGACUGGACUUCAACUAUUUGUAUCUUUUUUUUUUUUUUUUUUGUUUUCUUCGUAAUCAUUUCUAUCUAAUUGGGGGAAGCAAAAGGUAUCUUGUCCUUAAUUACAUGUGAACUUAGCACUUAAUCUUAUGUAAAUGAAUGAUAAAUCUCUUCCAAUAACGUUAACAUUUAGGAAAGCAUUGGGCUAUAUCUGUAUUUUGUUUCUGGGAUAAUUAUAAAUAUUUGUUUUGAGGAUUGUACUAUUAUACACUUC